UCAGCUGCGUGUUUUACAGGAAGAUUGGAAACGGAGAUUCUGGGUUUACCGACACUUACGGAAACACUUGGCCAUUUGUGAGCGAAUAGACCAACGAGAUGCAUCUUUAGUUUGGGAUUUCACCGCAGGUCUACCCGAACGUGCGCAGUCUUGACGCUUUUAAACUCCGAUGGAUAGUGAAACAGCUCUCGGCAACUUCCUCGGCGUUACUGAGCAUGCGCUCCCGGCCGCCGCCGUCGCCGAUAACGCGGACACUCUGCACCUCGCCAGGACACGAGCCCCUCCGCCACCGGACACACGAGAGGGAGAACGCAGCGCGCAUCGGACAUGGCGCGUGGGGUACCCCAGCAAAGGUGCGAGAGCAGAACAGAUGCCCCACUCUGACUCCUGCCCUGACGUCCUCACCAACGGGCUCCAGCACAUCACCCACGUCCCCUGGGAGGACAGCGUGAGUCACGUGACCUGCGGCAAGGGUGUGGGUGGUUUCCUGAGCCUCCACCAAAGUGGGCGCACGAGACGCUACCACCCUGAUGGGCGCCUGCAGGAUUCAUGCCUCCAGCCGGCCCUGGCGGUGCCGUACGAGGGCCUGACCUCCACCCAGCUGCCCGGGAGGGUGGUGGGCUGGGGGCCAGGGGCAGUGCUCACACUGCUGGACAUGGAGCUGGAGCCUGUGGCCCACGCACGGGAGCCCCUGGAUGUCAGGGUUUGUCAGGCUGUAGCUGGCUCUCUGGACUUGAUCACAGCGGGGGCAGGGAACGUGUGUGUGUGGUGUGUGCGUCACAUGGUGUGUCCUGUGCGGGUUGUGGAGGGCUUAGGGAGUUGCAGUGUGUUCACGCUGCUGGCGGUGGCCACACCCCUCUUAGCCCCCCGAGUCCUGGCAGCAUGCCGGAUGUCCAUCACACUCGUGGACCUGGCAGAGGGUCGUGUGCUGGAACACAAAAGGAACCUCCAUCCAAGGGAUAUCACAGGGUUGGUCUACUGCCCCCUGCUGGAGUCUGUAGUCACUGCAUCUACAGACAUGACUAUCAGAGUGUGGGGGCCAGACUGGGAGCUACGCACAAUAUUCAUGGGUCAUACUGCUGUGGUCACCUCCCUGUUGCUGUGUCCAGUAUCUGGUCUGCUUGUCUCCUCCUCUCUGGAUGGGACCGUGCGGUGUUGGAGUCUGGAGGAGGGGGACCAGGUGCAGGUGUCCCUGCCCAUCGGCUGUGCCCCUCCCCUGGGCCUGGGUGGACCCAGCACUGACGGCACCUUCUUCUCCUACUCCAGGACCGGGGUCAACUUCUGGACCUUCAGCAGCCUUUGCCAACUCCACUGCAAGCUGGGAGGAGAUUCGUCUGGACCUGUCCGUCAAAUAUUGGCCCCGCCCUCUCACCGGCCCUACCCUGCUCGUGUGCUGUGUGUCCAUGGUGACAGUGAUGUCACGCUUGUCUCAGCAGAGACGGGGGCUGUGCUUACGGCCUUCAGAGCCAAUAGCAGAGUGAGAUGUGCUGAUUACUGCCUCCUCAAAGAGAUCUUAUUGGUGCUGACUGAGGAGGGCACAGUGAUUAGAGCCAACACACUGACCAAUCCUGUGACUGUGCUAGAUGAGUGGCACAGGGUGCAGAAAGGGGAUUGGUCGAGUAGGAAGAAGCAGGGCAUGGUUGAGCCGGCACGCUGUAUGGCACUGUACAGUAAUAUAGCUGACCCACAGGAGGCGCUAGAGGAGUGGAUGUCACUGCAGAAGACGAGCAGGAGGAACACGCAGGACAAUGGUAGGAACAGUGUGAUACAGAUGCAGUCUGGGAUUGUCCAGUACAGAACCUCAGCCCACAAUGGCCAGAACAUCAGCAGUGUACAGGCUUAUCCAGACAAUAGCUGUCUGCUUACAACUGGUGAGGAUGACUCUGUGUUAGUGUGGAGAGUGUUUCCGUAUGCACAGGAGUGUGUGAGUCUGCAGGCCAGUGUGUUCUGUGCUCACACUCCUGUGUGUGAGGCCCUGCUGGACUCUGUGCUGGCCAUCUGCAUGCAACAGCCCCACAGUGCCACCUACUGCCUGGUUCAAUACAACCUGCACACACACACACGCAUGGACCACCCGCCAGAGCACGGCCACAGCAGCACGAUCACAGGUAAACACACACAGACGCGUGUGCAUGGACCACCCACCAGAGCACGGCCACAGCAGCACGAUCACAGGUAA